AUGAUAAGCCUCAUUCACGCAUGUCCUUUAUAUCGAGAAUGCGCGGAAUUAAAAAACGAGGUAAAAACUGAAAUUCUAUUAUCUUGCGUAUUGAAUCAAAUAUAACAUAGAAUCGAUCUGUUGAUAGACCCUUCAAUUCUUGUGGCAAAUAUCAUACACACAACUUGAAGAUACAAAAUCAGUUCAUUACGUAUUGAACUACAGCUUCGUUCGUAACGUUAGUAUUGGUUUACAUAUAUAAUUCUUGUUUCUCGUAGAAUGUAUCAAAAAUUUUUUUACAUGCUUUUUACAGUUUUUCUACGUCGUAUUAACUUACCUGGUGAUCAUGAUACAAUUAAGUCAGAACUUGAUCACUGAUCAAACUACAAUCACAUACGAGACCUCCUCUUUUCAGACAUUACAAAAGAAUACAAUGCACGCUUCCAUCUCAUGGUCUUUUGUCAUUAGCUGUUUCCGAUAAAAAUUUCAUCGUCGUAGCGAUAUCGAUCCACACAUCGCCAAGCAAUUGUUGUGCUUGUCCAUUACUUAGCAGCCUAUCUAAUAUCCGUGACGAUAAUGAUCUGUAA